UCUAUUUCGGCAAUUUCAGAAGAAUCUUGCUCUCACAACAGUCGGUCUCCUUUCGUAUAUCCUCUGUUCUUUCAUGGCGGCUCUCUCAACUUCUCACCUACCAAUCCAGUGCGCAAAGCCUGACUCAGGCACUGCUUGGAAACCCAUUUUUUUCCCAGAAAAGAUAGGAAGACCCAAUAGCCAUGUCCCAAAGAAACUGGCGCUUUCUCCAAGGAGUGUCAAUGAAAAGAUCUCCAACAAAACUUUCUCUGCCAACGGCGCUGUUCCUUCUACUACUCCUACUCGAUCAAAGGUGAGGCGGCACACAAUUUCGGUGUUUGUUGGCGACGAAAGUGGAAUGAUUAACAGAAUUGCUGGAGUUUUUGCAAGGAGAGGGUAUAACAUUGAGUCCCUUGCAGUUGGUCUGAACAAAGAUAAGGCACUCUUCACCAUAGUUGUCUCUGGUACUGAUAGAGUGCUGCAACAAGUUGUAGAGCAGUUGCAAAAGCUUGUCAAUGUUUGGAAGGUUGAAGAUCUCUCAAAUGAGCCCCAGGUUGAACGCGAGCUAAUGCUAAUAAAAGUGAAUGCUGAUCCAAAGUUCAGAGCUGAGAUCAUGUGGUUAGUGGACAUCUUCAGGGCAAAGAUUGUGGAUAUCUCAGAACACUCACUAACUAUUGAGGUAACAGGAGAUCCAGGGAAGAUGGCUGCUGUGCAAAGAAAUUUAAGCAAGUUUGGGAUCAAAGAAAUUGCUAGAACAGGAAAGAUUGCCCUCAGAAGGGAAAAAAUGGGUGCAUCCGCUCCAUUCUGGCGAUUUUCAGCAGCUUCAUACCCAGAUCUUGAAGAAACAGUACCUGUUAAUGCUCUUGCAGGGGCCAGAGAUAGAUCAGUAGUUAGUGAGGCUGAUGUUUCUGGAGGGGGGGAUGUUUAUCCAGUGGAGUCGUCUGAUGGUUUUAUGAUCAAUCAAGUUCUUGAUGCUCAUUGGGGUGUUCUUAUUGAUGACGAUACGAGUGGACUUCAAUCUCACACUUUAUCCAUGCUGGUAAAUGAUGCUCCCGGAGUUCUAAACAUUGUUACAGGGGUUUUUGCUCGAAGAGGCUAUAAUAUUCAGAGUUUGGCAGUUGGACAUGCAGAAGUUGAGGGUCUCUCCCGCAUUACAACUGUUGUUCCGGGUACAGAUGAAUCAAUUAGCAAGUUAGUGCAGCAACUCUAUAAGCUAGUAGAUCUGCAUGAGGUACGGGAUCUUACCCACUUGCCAUUUGCUGAACGAGAAUUAAUGUUGAUAAAGAUUGCUGUGAAUGCUGCUGCUCGACGAGAUGUCCUCGACAUUGCCAACAUUUUUAGGGCCAGGGCUGUUGAUGUUUCUGGCCACACAGUCACUCUUGAGCUUACAGGAGAUCUAGACAAAAUGGUUGCACUGCAGAGAUUGUUGGAGCCCUAUGGCAUUUGUGAGGUUGCACGGACUGGCCGUGUCGCAUUGGUGCGAGAGUCGGGUGUGGACUCGAAAUAUCUACGUGGAUAUUCUUUUCCUGUAUAAUUUCAAAGAAUUUUCGAGGUUUCCUGUGAAUGCCAAAAAAUUCUUUGUAUAAAUUUUUGCUUAGUGGCAAAAAAUUUUAUGUUUGAAUGCCCAAGAAGAGGUGAAAUAUUUUGUAGAACCAAUUGUGUAUUUAAGGCAUUGAUUUUGGUUAAUCAUACUAUGUUAUGUAUGACAAUCAUGGUAAUGAUGAAUACUAUGAUUGUGUUGAGGAUGCUUCAAUGAUGAUUUAUAUAAGUUUGGGAUGUUUCUUAUUCAACCAAAA